UUUGUAAAAUCGACUGUCAGGUGGGGAAAACUGAAAACUAUCCAGUCCACUUCCGUGUGAGGAUCUGGAUAACGUGUUAGGGUGACGCAGAAGGAAACUGAUUCACAUCUCGCAAUAGCUUUAGAGAAGACAUUUCGGUCCACUCCAUGACAUCGCUAUGGAUGUGAAGAUCGUGUUGGUGGCGCUGGCCAUUCUGACCUCGUCAGAAUGCCAGGAAAUAGAAGAGGAAAGUCCAGAGUUACAUCCCUUGGAUGGAUAUUUUAAUAACUUGUUACACCCGGACUGGGGAGCUGUUGAGACGGUCUUAUUACGUAAAAGUCCACCAGCCUAUGCAGAUGGAGUCUACCUUCUUUCUGGACAGAAUCGACCUAAUCCGUUUGACAUCAGUGAACGGGCACACAGAUCCAACACCCCCCAAUCCCUGGGGUCAGUCCGAGGAAGAACUGCCAUGCAGGUCUAUUUCGGACAACAAGUUGUGGAGGAAAUCAUGGACGUUCAGCGCCCUGGAUGCCCGAGAGAGUAUGAGAAUAUCCCGGUCCCUCGGAACAAUACACUUUACCGGGACAGUGAGGCAUUCCGAAAUGCCAGAGACACGGUCUUCAUGCCGUUCCCCAGGUCACGAUUUGAUCAGAGGACCGGACAAGCUCCAAGCAACCCAAGACAACAACUGAAUGAGAUUACACCCUAUCUAGAUGGCCAGCUUAUGUAUGGACCAGCUAGAACAUGGACAGAUGCCAUUAGAGAAUUCAGGGGUGGAAAACUCUUAGCUCUUGAUCCCUCUAAACCCGUGCAGGAGAGUCUUCCAGCCAUCAAUGACAUCCGUCUACCAUUUGCCAAUCCCCCCAACCCCAGAGAAAAUACCAGGGAAAGGAGACUCCUGCCCGUGGCAAGAUUCUGGAGACUAGGAAACCCCAGAGCUAUGGAGAAUCCAUUCCUUCUGUCCUUUGGUGUGCUGUGGUUUAGAUGGCACAACUACCUGGCAGAGGAGUAUAUCAGAAUGAAAAAUAUUCAAGAAAGUGACCUGGAAAAAUAUGAUGAACAGAUCUUUAAUUAUGCCAGAAAAUGGGUUGUUGCUAGUCAUCAGAAAAUAGUCUUGUAUGAUUGGUUACCAAGAUGGCUGUUCACUCGAAGCGAUUUUGCCAACGUGACAAAUGAUGAGAGUAUAUUUUAUCCAAUCAGAGAUCCAAAAAACAAUGACCCCAGAAGGCCAACUUGUGGACCUUAUGCUUACAACCCAAAUAUCCACCCAGGUAUAACCACUGAGUUUCAGACAGCAGCAAUGAGAUAUGGCCACACCCUUGUUACUCCUGGUCUUUGGAGAAGGGGGGCAAAGACAGGAAACCAGUUACAACAAGGAUGUAACUGGUUCCCAACUAAUCUGAGAUUACCCAACCCCCCUGUACAGCAGACACAUGGAUUGAGGCUCUGUAAUGCCUACUGGAAUUCACAGGAAUCGGUCGAGGAGAACCUGGAUGCUCUGUACAGAGGCCUUGCCUCCACUCUGGGAGAGAAGGAAGACCACAUCAUGGUAGAAGACUUGGCAGGACAAGUGUUUGGUCCCCUGGAGUUUUCCAGACGAGAUUUAGCUGCCCUUAACAUCCAGAGAGCUAGAGACCAUGGUCUAACUGACUACCAGACUAUCAGAGAAACAUUUGGCCUUCCUCGCCUGAACAGCUGGCAGGAAAUUAACCCCAAUAAUACUCUGACCCAGCAGGCUAUUGAGGCGCUGCGACUUCUGUACGAAGGUUCGGGACUGAAUGGGACGUCGCCAGAGGAUGUGGACCUAUUUACAGGAGGUUUGAUGGAGACCACAGAGGAUGGGCCUGGAGACUUGUUCAGGGUCAUGAUGGUAGAGCAGUUCUGUAGAAUCCGAGACGGGGACAGGUUUUGGUACGAGAACUUGGACAACAAAAUCUUCAACCAAACAGAAAUAGACCGUAUCAAUAAUGAAAUCACCCUCGGUUACAUUUUGUCUAAAGUGACCAACUUGAGAGUAGAGGGUCAAUUAGAUCGCAAUAAUAUCAAUGUCAGUAGAAAUCAGGCGGACAUACAGGCCGAUCCUUUUGUACACAGAGGAGAUAAUGAUACCUGUCAGCAGCCUCAACAGUUAGACCCUAAUGUGGCCCCAGUAACAGUCCGUGAAAGCAAUGCCACAGGAUCUCUGUAUCUGAUCGAGAACUGCACAUCAUGGCAGACGUUUGAUUACUUCUUUGGAAUGGAAAGCAAUAUAUCUUUUCCUUUAACCUUCAUCUGGAUUGGAUUGGUAGUGCCAGCUACAAUUGGAGUGAUGUUACUGAUGGCCAGACAGAGAAAGAAGAAGAUGAUGGCUGCAAGAAAGAAGAAAGCUCACACUGACACAUCCACUGACCCCAAUACUUUUAAUGUUGUGGAAUGGGUUGGAAAAAAAGAAGGAGAAAGAAAUGUUGUCAUUAAAUUCGACAGUCAGAGAAAGAAAUUACAUGUAAACGACAGACGAGGAAAACCACUGCGUAUGAUCGACCUUCGCCCAAAGCAAGGCUCCGCAGGCAAGAGUAUUCGCCUCUGGAAUGCCGACGACCAACCUGUUGUGUCUGUCCGAGCUGAUGGGGAAAUUGACUUGGUAUUGAGGUUUGCUGCCGUAGACAGGAAGACCCAAUUUUCAUCUAAACUGAAAAGCUUUGCUGAGGGCAUUGGGGCCAACUACUCUACUAACAAUUUCGCAAAAGCAGAGCUAAUUUUUAACAGUGCAACAACCAAGGAAGAUAGACAGAAAUUGUUGGACAAAUUUUUUAGAGUUAUAUGUUUACAGGCAUUUAAAGAUAAAACCAGCAAAGACUUAGACCUAGAAAACUUGGAUCAUGAAACAGCGAAAAAGAUUGCAGAAAUACAACUCACUCGUACUGAGUUUGCAGAGGCUCUUGGUCUGAAGCCAACUUCCAUAUUCGUACGAAACAUGUUCCUGUUGGUGGACGCUGACAGAAGUGGAUUUGUCAGCUUCAGAGAAUUUCUGGACUUCUUUGUCGUAUUAUCAUCCCAGGAUGCAGAGAGUAAGAUUCAUUUGAUCUUCAGUAUGUAUGACAUCCAGAGGAGAGGGAAACUAUCAAAGAAAGACUUUGCCAACAUGAUCAAGUCACUAUUGGAUUUGUCUGACUCAUCAUUGGAUGAAAGAAAGAUGGAAGAACUAGUUCAGUCCAUGUAUAAAGCAGCCAAUCUCAGUUACGGAGCAGACAUUACCUUUGAAGACUUUAAGCGGAUCUUUGCCUCUGAAGAAUAUGCUGGAACAUUACAAAAGGCUACUCUGAAUUUGGAUGGUGUUGGGGAUUAUGGACAGCAGCCAGUCAAGCAGUCUGCAAACACAACAAUUAGAGCAAGGAGGGCCACAGUGUUAAAGAAUUACACACAGAAAGGUGCUACAAAAGGAAAAGGCUUAAAGCGACAACAGAGUGUAGUGCAUGUGACGACACAUCAGACUGAGUAUCCCAAGACACCGUUUGCGCAGAAGAUGUACGAGAUCACCAGUUAUAUCUCCUACAACCGACUGGAGAUCUUCUGGGGAACUCUCUUUACACUCGUUCUCAUCGGGAUCUUCCUGGAAAGAGCUUUCUAUUACUCUUUUGAACGUGAGACUGGAGGACUGCGUCGUAUCGCUGGUUAUGGUGUGACUGUGACUCGCGGUGCUGCCAGUGCUAUGAUGUUUACUUAUUGUUCUCUGUUGAUUACCAUGAGCCGAAACAUGAUUACGUUCUUCCGAGAGACUUUCCUCCACCGAUUUUUCCCCUGGGAUUCCAUGCAUGCUUUACACAAGUACAUAGCAUACCAGGCCUUACUUUUUACAUUUGUACAUGUGAUUGGUCAUGGAAUAAAUUUGUAUCACAUUUCCACUCAGACAUCGGGAGAUGGUAACUGCUACUUCAUGGAGUACUUCAGAGCACAAGAUGUCCUAGCCUCAUUCCACUACUGGGCUUAUACAACAAUAACAGGUCUUACUGGAAUAAUACUUACCCUGAUCGUCAUUGUUAUGUAUGUGUUUGCCACACCUUAUGCUCGUCGCAAUGCCUUUAAUGCCUUCUGGGGCACUCAUAGCCUGUACAUCUUUUUGUACAUCUUCAUGAUAAUGCAUGGACUGGGACGACUUGUACAGGCUCCUAUCACACACACCUAUCUCAUUGGACCACUCUUUAUAUUCAUCAUUGACAAGCUCAUCAGUAUCAGUCGUAAGAAGAUUGAAUGUCGAGUGGUCAAAGCAGAGUUACUGCCUUCUGAUGUGACAGCACUAGUUUUCCAGCGACCCACCACAUUUGACUAUAAGUCUGGUCAGUGGGUCAGAAUUGCUUGCCUGGAGCUGGGAGAGAACGAGUACCACCCCUUCACCAUCAGCUCUGCUCCUCAUGAGGAAUAUCUCAGCCUCCACAUCCGAGCGGUGGGGCCCUGGACUUAUAACCUCAGGAAUCUGUACGACCCUGACAAUCUGGAGGGAAGGUCCUCCUACCCCAGCGUGUACGUUGACGGCCCGUACGGAGAGGGUCACCAGGACUGGUACAGAUACGAGGUAGCUGUGUUAGUAGGAGGGGGAAUCGGAGUCACACCAUUUGCUUCCAUCCUGAAAGACAUUGUUCACAAAUCCAAGAUUGCUGAUCUGAGAUUUCCAUGCAAAAAAGUGUACUUUUUGUGGGUGACCCGUACACAGAAGCAGUUUGAGUGGAUGACGGAUAUUAUCCGGGAAGUGGAGAAUGUGGAUAGCAAACAAUUUAUGGAUACUCAUAUAUUUGUCACACAGUUCAAGGAGAAGUUUGACCUGAGAACCACUAUGUUGUACAUCUGCGAACGUCAUUUCCAGAAGGUGGCAGGAAAGAGUUUGUUUACAGGUCUUAGUGCUGUUACUCACUUUGGUAGACCAGACUUUCAGGACUUCUUGAAAUCAGUGAAGAUGGAACAUCCAAAUGUCCGUAAUUUUGGAGUUUUCAGCUGUGGUCCACCAAACAUGACCAAUAAUCUGGAUAGUGCUUGUACUAAUCUCAACAAACGAGAAGGGGCCACCUUCGUUCAUCAUUUUGAAAACUUUUAAAUUCCAUGUUCCAAGUAAGGUCAGCAAGAGAAUUCAUCAGUCCAAAGAUGCCAUCCUUAAUAUUUAGCUUCACGGAGGAAUUGUGAUAAUCUUUUCUCAUUUUGUAUUGAUAUACAGACACUGUUAAAUCAUGUU